UUAAGGUGUUUUAUUCCUUAAAAUAUGACCUAAACUCAACGUAUACAUAGAUAUUUUGUUGGUGGCCACAAAAGACUGAAGUAUAUCCACUCCAAAGCCCGUUUCCAGCCAGCCAGCCAGCCAUUAUCCUUCUUUCUUUAUCUGCUCAGGCUCUCUCUCCCCGUCUUCGUCUUCGUCUUCGUCUUCAUCGUCAUCGUCAUCUCCAAUCCAAGCCUGAUGAUCUUAAUUUCCCGCCAAACCAGGAAUGCUUCUUUCCCUACGCUCUGCUCAGCCAAAAAUCCUGAUUCCCAGCCCCGCCGUCUUAGGUUCCCCACCUCCCACCGUGAGAACCUCCGCUACCUGAAAGUCAUCGGCGUCGUCGCCCCGGCAACCAAAACCCAGUCCCCUGAGAGCCUGACCCAAAUCCUCUACACCGUCAACUUCUUCAAAUCCAAGGCCUUUUCAGAUCACGACUUCCCCAGACUGGCCUUCGUUUGCCCGCAACUCUUCUCCCCUACCUUCUGCACCUCCGACUUACAACCGGUCUUUGAUUUCCUAACCCUUGAUUUGGCUGCCUCUGUUGAACAAUCACGUGGGCUGGUUCUCAGAUUCCCCAGAAUCCUGUUUUCCGACGUCCAGCAUUGCUUAAGGCCAACCCUUGUUUACCUUAGCGAACUAGGGCUGGAAAAUCUACAGGUCCCUACUAAUCUAAAUGCCCAUCUUUUGAACACUAGGGUUCACAAGCUCGAAGAGAAGAUUAGGUUUCUCAGAGGUGUCGGGUUUUCGGACGAGGAAUCAGCUAUGAUAUGUGCGAGGAUGCCGGCGAUAUUUGGUUACAGCGUGGAGCAUAACUUGAGGCCCAAGUUCGGGUAUUUGGUGAGGGAGAUGAGGAGGGGCGUGGAAGAAUUACUGGAGUUUCCUCAGUACUUUGGGUUCAGUUUGGAGAAGAAGAUAGUGCCCAGGCAUUUGCAUUUGCAAGAGAGGGGCGUCCGGAUUCCCUUGAGGAAAAUGCUCUUGUGGAGCGAUCAAAGAUUUUACGCCAAAUGGAAGUAAACUGCCGGUUUGGAUUCAUGCUUAUAAGAAUUACCAAUAAAAUAUUAGCUUACCGUCGGUUUUACCUUUAUGCUUUGCUUCACAAGAUUUCAUUUCUUACAUGGCCGAACCUGUAUUCUGUUCAUUAGAAGAGGAAAUUCAAAAUGAAUACAAAAAUGACGAAUACGUCGAAUUCCAAUAGUACUAUUUCUGUUUCAAAAUUCAUCUGAUAUUUCUGAGGAAGAAGCAAUUGAACAUUCAUACCUACACAAUUUCUUUUAAACGGGAAAAAAAACAAAAACACAAUAAAAGCAGCCUCUCCGCAAGCCGAACUUCCAAGUCAAGAGCGACCGGCAUUUUAUAUCAAAGCUAGUAAUA